UCUUUAAUCUUAUUUAUCUCUAAAUGAAUAUUAGCCUACCGAAAAAACACGAGAAUUCUGAAACAAUGUUUGUUUCUUGAAGUUUUCAUUUUCUUUAACCCGCUACUUUUCACUUCCAAGACAUUUGCCCCAAUGAUUAAGUAGGCGCUAUAUCACUUACACCCUGUUCCUGAAACUGCACUCGAUUCCUGUCACACAUCGGCGGUGAGACUGAGGACAAUUGUAGGCUCCAGCUGGGAAAAAUGUACCGCUCCACGAAAGGCGCCUCGAAAGCGCGGAGAGAUCAGAUCAACGCCGAGAUCCGCAACCUGAAGGACCUGCUGCCCAUCUCGGACGCAGACAAGGCGCGCCUGUCCUACCUGCACAUCAUGUCCCUCGCCUGCAUGUAUACAAGAAAAUCCGUCUUUUUUUCUCAAGAUUUAAGUGCAUCCAGGAGCCAGGAGGUGAACCCAAGCUUCAUGUCUAUUCCUGAACUCUCUGAGCUCAUGAACACCUUACCGGGUUUUCUCCUCUUGCUGACAAGUGAGGGCAAACUCCUCUAUUUGUCCAACAACGUCACUGAACACCUUGGGCACUCAAUGGUAGAUCUAGUCUCUCAGAGUGACAGUGUCUAUGACAUCAUUGAUCCAGCCGAUCACUUCGUCAUGAGGAGCAAUCUUGUGCCAGUCACUACACCUGACACAGAGCGCCUCUUUCGCUGUCGCUUCAACACUUCAAAGUUUGUGAGAAGGCAGGGUUCUGGUAACAAAGUGACUCUGGUGCGAGCACGCUGCCUCCCAUUGCCUUACCACGCAUCAUCUUACUGGACCUCCAACGCAGUGUGGGUGUGUUUCUGCUCACCUCUGGAGCUUCAGGCAUCGAACCCUGCCGGCACUAGGAACCCACUCCCUACUCCACCUGCCGAGCAAGCUUUCCAGCUUACCUCCUUCCAAUCCCAGCAUAGCCGAGAUAUGAGGAUACAGAUGGCCCAAGAAUGUGUCAGUGUCUAUUUGGGCUAUGAUGUGGACACACUACGCUCUCGCUCCUGGUACAGCCUGCUACAUCCUCGAGAUCUCUCUCAUGCCUCUGCGCAGCAUUGUGCCUUGUUGCGUGAAGGAGGGGAGAGGCAGGUGGAGAUGGUGGUUCAAGUGGAGGCAGCUGACCAUUCGUGGGUUUGGCUUUACAUGAUCCUUCACCUCCAGACUGGAGAACAUCCGAUUACCUGCCAAAACUAUGUCAUUAGUGAGUCUGAAGCAUGGUCUGUGCGUGAGCAGCUGAACUCUGAUCAAAACCAGCUGGCUCUUCUGUACCAGGACGGUUUGGCGCAACAGUUCUCUCAACCCCUGUCUAGCCCAGAGCAAGUCUUCACCCCCAGCAGCAGUGGCUUGUCUGCUCAGUCAUUUGACUUUAGCUUUUCUGUCUCUGGACGCAGCUCCUCUGAGGAACUGCCUGGCACUUCCACCUUUCACUCAGGCCAGCCACUGGGCUCUGGUCCCUGUCCAAACUUCCCCCUAGAUGAAAAUGACUUUUCUCAACAACAUGGUAGCCACCAAAUAUGCUUACCAGAGAGCACAAAGUUCUCCACAAGAUCAGCCCCUACUCCCCACUCCUCUCUGACUGUCAUGGCCAAUAUGGCAUGCCCAGCUACUCAAAACCCUGUGCCCCUUGCACCUCUUUCCAAUCUCUGUAUGUCCAAACCACACAGCAUAGGGGAGUUGCUUUGCACUCCCCCAUACACUCCAAGACUUGGAGGAGGUCGUUUCAUGUUUGGUGAAGAUUUCUUUAAACCAGACUCGGCCAGCACAGUCACCCAAACCAUGCACUCAGUCAAUCAUCCAACAUCCCACUCAAUAGAUGUAGGGGUGACACUAUCUAUACAGCAUGGCAGCAGGGCUCUAUAUGAGAAGUUACCUCCUACCCCAGAUAGUCGAGCUAAUGAUGAAUGUUUCCUUAUGACAUUACCAGAGAUUAGAGGGCCUCUGUAUGUAGAUGUCCCUCAUUCCAUCCAUCAUGGUCCACCCGAGGGCCUCCUGACCCCAGAGGCUUCUCCUACUGAACAGCGCUGUCCAGGUUUUUUCGCCCAGCAAGCUAAAGAUGAAAGAGAGAAAAUGGAGAUCUCACUAUUGGCUCAAUAUCUCAGUUCAGUUGCUGAGGGCUUCUGGAAAGAUCACUCACUAUCCACACAUCCCUCCUCCCCUGUCCUACAACAACAGAACUCUAAGCCUCUGACCACUGACUUUUCACCCACCAUGUGCUGUGGAGAAUCUCAAUCAUCACUGGAUCAAGAAGAAAUCACUUUACUGCAAGAAAAAAUUGCCAACCCUCCCCCAGCUCCUUAUUUCUCUUCCCCUUCCCCACCUCCUCUUCCUCACUCCUCUAUUGAGCAUACUCCUCCUGCCCCAGUGAGCACCCGCUCACCACAAUACAUUCAGGAGGAGGCCCUAGUUGGUGUGCAGCACCUCUGUAGCGUCCAGUCGACGCACUGUACCAGUAUGGUUGGGGGAAGGUCGCUGGAGUCAGGGGCACAGGAUGAGGGAAAGGUUUCAAUGGAGAGCAUAAUGGAUGAUGAGAUGACUCUCUCAGCCUCCCCACAGUCCACCCCUGCUCCAGAAAAUGACCCCACCUCUGGUCUACCCUGUGCCCAGUCCCUCCUGGAGGAGCUGGUCAACAUGGAAUCCGUGUUCGAGGCAGCUGACUCGAUGAAUCCUGCCUUGAGGCAACAACCUGAGUUGUAUCAACUCCCUUUUCAAGAGCCACCACAGCAUUUCUAUCAAGAUGGAACCAGUGAUCACAUGUUCUAA